UCUCCCUGCAGGGAUUAUCUAUGACGUGAUUGUGGAACCUCCCAGCGUGGGGUCGAUGACAGAUGAACAUGGGCAUCAGAGGCCAGUGGCCUUCUUGGCAUACAGAGUAAACGGACAAUAUAUUAUGGAAGGGCUCGCAUCCAGCUUCCUCUUUACAAUGGGUGGCCUAGGAUUCAUAAUUCUGGAUCGAUCCAAUGCACCAAACAUCCCCAAACUGAAUAGGUUUCUUUUGCUCUUUAUUGGAUUUGUCAGCGUGCUUUUGAGCUUCUUCAUGGCCAGAGUUUUCAUGAGGAUGAAAUUACCGGGCUACUUGAUGGGUUAGUACCUCUUGUGAUGUAUGAAAGCCCGAGCUGUAUUUACUUCUCUUCAUGAAGUGCUUAAGAAGAAGCAGCAAGAAACAAAUUCCAUAGUCACCAUCAACAGGAAAGAGACCUGACCAUGAGAAACAACUGGGGAAAGAGAAAAAAAUUUCUUUGCCAACAAACUCUCACUUUCAAUGGCUGAUUUGUAGUUUUGAAGCAAUGUUUUAUCACCUCUGUUUUGGAGCUUUUGAAAAGAGCGAGUUACCUAGCUGAGUUUUUCUUUUAUACCCCAACUCAGUAUGAAAUAGAGAACCUGUCUUUAGCUCCACCUGAAAUGAGUAUUAGCCAUUGGCUUGACAGUUCUUUGUUGCAGGUCUGUCUCCUCUUCCCUGUGUGGGACAAUUACAUGUGUGAAUUGGAGAAGAAACAUCUGAAAUGUUUCUUUCCAAGUUAUAAUUAGAAAAUUAGUAACUUUGGAUGCUUUACAGUCAAGAUACAUGUCUGAAAUUAUUUCAAAGGCACCUUUUGCCUUGACAUUAAUGGCUCUAUGUGAGCAAAUCCAGACAUGCACUGGGAAAGGCAAACUGUAUGAAUAUGCAUUUCUUUUUGAAAAAGUGUACGAAAGGAGCCAAAUAAAACUUAUUUUCUACAAAAUUAUUUGAAUU